UCAAGUCGCUUCAUAAAUGAGGAGCAGCUUGAAAAUUUGCCACACGCCAGAGCAAGGAUCUAGGAAAUUGUUAAUGCAAAGCCAUCCUCUCACUAUAUGAACAUUCAUUCUUUCUGUGAGCGGGGUCACCACUCCACAGAUCUCAGCUGUAAAAAGGCCUGGGUGCAUCAUCCGCUUACCUCCUUGGAGCUAUGCAAAUGGUUUCCAUGAAUUGGGUCAUAUGGCUAAUGCCAAUAGUCUUUUCGACAUUUGCUUCAGGAUUAUUUACUGUUGAGGUUGAUAGAAGCACAUAUAAAUCUGAAUUCAAAGGUGAUGUUGUGAUGGGAUGCAGAUUCCAAGUGUCAUCUACUACUCUAUCAGGAAUCAAAGUCGUCUGGCACUGGAUCCCCCCCAGGGGAGACGCUCGGGAAGUGUACCGCAUGGAGAAAGGAGUGGAGCAAUUAGUUACUCAGCACCAAGACUACCGGGGCAGAGCAAGACUUUUGACUGAUGAGAUACGGCAAGGCUGGGCAAAAAUACAGGUGUCCAAUCUCAGAAUAAGUGACAGUGGAAAAUAUCAGUGUUUUGUGCAAACUGAGGCUGGAGCAGAUUAUGAAACCUUAUCUUUAUCUGUAUUUGCUCCAUUUAAAAGCAUUGAUAAAAGAAUCAGUAAAAUAUCCGAAAGAGAAGUGAGACUGAUCUGCCAAUCAGAAGGCUACCCACAACCUGAAGUCACAUGGCAUAAUGGGCACCAAUUUGAAAUCAAACCCAUUACAACCAUUGAAACAACAGUAGACCAGCUUUUCAAAAUCACUACUCAAAUAAAUGUGACCACAUUGGAUAAAAACAACUACACAUGUAAUUUCAUGGACAACUCAGCAACCAUCCAAAUUCCAGAGGAUAUUCCAGUACCCACUGGAAAACACACUGUCCUCAUUGUGAUAUUGUGUUUAACUCUGCCUCUGGCUGGCAUUAUUUUGAUUUUUGUGGUGUACAAAUGUCAGCAAAAAGGGUUAAGAAGUACCAGCACCAGAAACCUUAUAGAUUCUUUGGGGAGGGCCUUUGCGUUGCCUGCCGUGAACCAAAAAGAUUCAAUCGAUGAUGAAGAAAAAACUAAAAUGAAUCAAAUUAACAUCAAUGGUUGUCUCAAGACUUUACUUACGGAUCAUUAUACAAAAUGGAUCCAAAACCUGCCGAGAGACCACAGGGAUAUAGAUGACCCACGCUUUACACUUUGCGACAUUGACGGACAGAGACUAAAUCUUCAUGAUCUAGUGCCUGCUAGCGGAGAAGCUCUAUUACUUGAGGGGCCGACAGGAAGUGGCAAGACAACCCUGAUUCAUAGGCUCAUCUUUUCAUGGACUCAAGAGCCUGUUUCUGACCUCACUGAUCUCAGCCAUCUUCAGCUGGUUGUUUGUGUUGAUGGGAGCAGAACAAACAGCAAUUUGAUAGAUGAAAUAACAACACAGUUAUCACUUUGUGAAAUGGUGACAGAGAAUGACCUGAGAAAUAUGCUGACCAUUGGAACUUUGUUGAUAGUGGACGGAUACAAAGAAGGAAAUCUUCUUUUUGACGAAUCACUGCAGAGGUUUUUGUUUGAUCGAAGGGGAUGCAGAGUCCUCAUUACAACCAGUCAAAAGCACUCUAAAGUCAAGGAAAUAGUCGGAGCAAGAGCAACAGUCACACUUCAAAUACAGAGGCAAAAAUACUGAUAAAAAUGAUUGGAUGGAUUCAUACCAGUGUUCAUUUUGUAGUAGAUUUUUAUGUUGUAAAUAACUGCAUAGUAAAUUAAACUUUUAGACUUUA